CCUUACAAUAACUUCAUUUACAAUUCCUAAUGUCAAGUGCAUACGGAUCAGGAAAAGCUCAAGACACAGACUUUCGUAAGAAAUGGGACAAGGACGAGUACGCAGCACGCGCAAAGCUGCGUGAAGAACGUGAACGCGAACAUGCCAAGAAUGCCGAGCGAAAAAGACAAGGAUUACCCCCAAUUAGAAAAAAGGAAGAAGAAGAAGAACCUCGAGAACUGUUGAAGCCCCGAGAAGAAAAGGUUGUAUUAGAUGCCAAUCUCGGAAAGACAGUUGUAGUCCAAGGUGGUGCAUCUGGUGAAGCCUCACGACAACCUGGAUUCUACUGCAAGGCGUGCGAUAUUGUAGUAAAAGAUAGUGCAAACUAUCUUGACCAUAUCAAUGGCAGAAAGCAUCAAAAGAAUAUUGGUAUCUCAAUGAAGGUUGAGCGGGCCAGUAUUGAUUCCGUAAAGGAACGAUUGGCUAUGCUAAAGCGUAAGAAAGAAGAACCGGAGAAGGAGUACGAUCUUGACUCGCGUGUUGCUGAAUUGAAACGAGAAGAGGACGAAGAGAGACGUCGGAGAAAAGAAAAAAAGAGGCAAAAGAAGGAGGCAAAGAAAAGAAAGGCGGAAGACGAGCCCGAGGAUGCGGCUGACAUUUCAGAAAUGAUGGGAUUCAGUGGAUUUGGGUCAUCAAAGCAAUAGUAAAAAAAUAAAUAAAAAUAAAAUGUCAUUUUAUUAUUAUC